AGUCGGGGAUCUUUAAUCCUCUGCCGCAGCAGCACAGCCGGUAACCAGAGGAGGGGGUAGCACGGCCGGACGGGAAUGGACCUCACAGGCUAGGCUAGCCUGCUACAAGGCCUUCACAGCUCGGUCUUUACGUACAUGAUAAUAUCACGGAGGAAAACCGAGAAUAGGACCGGAACGAGCCGACUCAGUGUAGGCCAGACCCCCUCCUCUAUCUGCCUGUAGCCGACAGCCUAUUCACACACAGACAGACAGACAGACAGACAGACAGACGCAAGCCUGUUCAUGAGGCUACACUUCUGAAACGCUGCUUUAAAUAUCCUAACAGACGUACAGUUCGGUAGCUCUGAGCCGACGGACGGAGCCUUCGACUAGUCUGGUCCGGUUUCCUGCGUCCCGGUUCGCCCUUCAGCCGCGUCCCCGCUGUCUCUGUCAGCUGCUGCGCAUCAGCAAAACAUGCAGGAUGAGCCUGUGGGGGUGACAACCACGCAAUUACCCCCGUCAACCGAGGAAAAGGACAGUGAAGGCAACACGAUCAGUAAAACCGGGAACCGACCGAACCACACCGACACCCACGACGGUCAGCUGUGCGCACUGACGCCCGUGUUUAACCUUCCCAACCACAGGACUAGUUUCCACCGAGAUCAGUUCUGCCCGACGCAGUCUAUCAGUGACCUUCAGCACAGCAGAAAAAUACAUCAGCAAUUAGGUCAGCACCCACAUUUCAGCCCCCCAGAGUCGAACCGGACCGAGGGACCGUUCAGCCCCUUCCCCAGCGCCGCCGACCCCUGCGACUCUUCCCUGGAAGAGACUGAAGCAGAUGCUGCGUCGCCAUCGCCCACUUCCGUAAAACCAAACAAGAUCCAAAUGGACUCCCCCAUCGUCCACCAUAAUGGCAGCAGCAGUACCGGCAACAUGUUGUCCGGAGGUCUUGGUGCCGCUUUCCCGAACCUCCCGGCCCAGGAGAUGCAGAGCGCCAGCGGCGGCUCGUGUUCACCUUCACUCCCCGGGUUCGGCACCCCCUGGUCGGUCCAAACUAGCUCGUCGCCCCCUCCCGCACCCAACUCCAUCAAUCCCACCCACCCCAACGCCAUUAACCAGAUCCCCAAUACGGACUCUGACAACAGCUUCUACCCAGGUAUCCCCUCCUCCAUCAACCCGGCCUUCUUCCAGAGUUUUUCGCCGGUGUCAGCUAAUCCGUGCGCCGGGAUUAAUGUGCAGGGCUUCAGCGGUCCGUUCUCACCCCAGAUAAACGUCCCUCAGCAGCCUCAGAGUCGCAGGUCCCCAGUCAGUCCUCAAAUGCAUCCUCAGCAGGGUGCCUUCCUCCAGCAGAGAAACAACUACAACCAACAUCAGCCUAUGGUGAAGCCAUCUCCCUGGAGCAGUCACCAGGGGAACGGCUGGGGCUCCGGUGGGAUGUCCUGGGGUCGAGACCACCGCAGAGGGAGUGGCAUGGGAGUACCUGGCUCAGUCAGUCAUGUCUCACCCCUCAAGAAGCCCUUCUCAAGCAACGUCAUCGCUCCACCUAAGUUCCCACGCUCUGGCGGAUCACUGGGGCCUAAGUCCUGGAUAGAGGAGAACAUGUUUCGCACAGACAGCAACAGCAACACCUUGUUGCCUCUGCAGGACCGCUCCAGAAUGUACGACAGUCUGAACAUGCACUCCCUGGAGAGUUCUCUGAUCGACAUCAUGAGAGCCGAGCAGGAUCCGAUGAAAGGCCGUGUGGGAUGCCCUAACCCCGGGGCUGACGGCCUACUCAUGCUCAAUGCCAGGAGCUUUGGGAGACGUCGAGGGCGUUCCUCCCUUUUCCCUAUUGAUGACAAUCUCCUCGAUGAUGGCCACGGCAACCAGGGUGUUCCAGGAGUGCUCGGCUCCCCCAACUGUUACCCCCACCAGAACGGAGAACGCAUCGAGCGCUUCUCUCGUAAAGUGUUUGUGGGAGGUUUACCCCCUGACAUAGAUGAAGAUGAAAUAACCUCAAGCUUUCGUCGAUUUGGUCACCUGGUGGUGGACUGGCCACACAAAGCAGAGAGUAAAUCCUACUUUCCGCCUAAAGGAUACGCAUUCCUGCUGUUUCAGGAGGAGAGCUCGGUGCAGGCUCUGAUUGAAGCCUGCAUGGAGGAAGAUGGCAAACUCUACCUGUGUGUCUCCAGCCCCACCAUCAAAGAUAAGCCUGUGCAGAUUCGACCUUGGAACCUUAGCGACAGUGAUUUUGUCAUGGAUGGGUCUCAGCCCCUUGACCCCCGCAAGACCAUCUUUGUGGGAGGUGUCCCCCGUCCUCUGAGAGCAAUUGAGCUGGCCAUGAUCAUGGAUCGUCUCUAUGGUGGAGUCUGUUACGCAGGAAUUGAUACCGAUCCGGAGCUCAAGUACCCCAAGGGGGCGGGGCGAGUGGCGUUCUCCAAUCAGCAGAGCUACAUCGCCGCCAUCAGCGCCAGAUUCGUCCAGCUGCAGCAUGGAGACAUUGACAAACGGGUGGAAGUGAAGCCCUACGUCCUGGAUGAUCAGCUGUGUGAUGAGUGCCAGGGUGCACGCUGUGGAGGGAAAUUUGCUCCCUUUUUCUGCGCUAACGUUACCUGUCUGCAGUACUACUGUGAGUUCUGCUGGGCCAACAUCCACUCCCGCGCUGGACGAGAGUUUCACAAGCCCCUGGUCAAAGAAGGCGCCGACCGCCCACGCCAGAUCCACUUCCGCUGGAACUAGAGAUGUGACCACAGCCAUGGUGACACAGUUAGAGGGAAGGGAAAUGAAACACUGUCUAACAGGAAAAAGAGCAUCGCUCUGCCUCUCCUGCUUUCCUAACUAUCAGUAUAAUCGUGUACGUAACACUAAACAGUAUAUACUAUAUAUAUCUAUAUAUCUUUUGUAGCAGCCAAACACCACAAGCCUCAGUUUUUCACCAAAACCCCCCUCACAUCUCAGGCUCUGACAACUCUACAACUCUUUUGUGGUACUUUCAUCUUUUCUAAGAGGAGAUUUAAAAAGAGAUUGAUUUUUGUAGGUUUUUUUAUUACCAUUAUUUUUGUAUGUGAGAUUUAAAGUAGAUACGGGAAUGUUUUUGCAUGGGGGCAGCUUGUCUGUCUGUUUGUCUGCUGCUAGCCACCCUACAGUGCGUGUAGUGCACACUUGUUUCUGGGAAAACCUCGAUUCUAUAAUGUUGACGCCUGCCCCAGGUCAUUAACCAAAGGUAGCAAAAAUGAUAGGAAACAUUAAAAAUUGACACAUUUCUGCCGCGAAACAAAGUUGUUUUUUUUAAUGUUGCCAUGGACUCUUUUAUCUUGUUAGAGAGUUUAUUACAAAUUCUGCGCUCAUACUGACAAUAGAGUAAUUACCUCAAAAUCCAAAAUCUGGUUUAUGCUAACUGUAUUAAACAAUUACAUUUAUACGUAACAAGCUAUUUUAGAAGCUUUGCUGCUAUAUAUACAUAUAUAUGAAUAGAUGUGUAGGAAUUAUAUUUAAUGCCAUUAAUAAACCAGAAUCAUGUCAAAUGAAAUGCAGUAUGCACUCAACCACUAAUGGCCCCCAUUGCCAUGGAAAGUGCAUGUUUUGACAAUAGGCUUAGAUACACAAAAAGCAUGCAGGUUAGAUGUGAUUUUAAAAAAACACUGCAAAAAUAAAAAUAAAAAACAAAAAACAAACCACUGAAACAAUAAUUAAAGACAUUUAAUUCUUUAGUGAGUAGCAUGACCAUCUAUUACAGAUGUUUAGAGGGAAAGAAAAAAAUUUGACAGAUUUAAAUAUUAAAACUAUUUAAACUUGCAUGCAUUGAUGUUUAUCUGUUGUUUGAUCCAUUUACAUACUAAACAAUACAAAAAGUGAUAUUGGUUCUACUGUAGACUUAGUGGAUGCCAUCAAUUUUUGAAGUGGUGGCUUGUAUGGCAAAAAAAAUAUAUCCUGUUGAGAAGCAGAGUGGUGUUCAGUGGUUUGUGUUUGUGUCGUCCCUGUGCUGUGUGAGUCCUGUUAUUGUAGACUGAGGCUCUAGUUUAGUUACCAACAGAUUACCUAGAGGAGAAAGAAAACAUCUGAUGACUCUGCCUUCAACCUUCCUGUAACGUAUCCCUGUAUGUUUCCAAAGGUUAAUCUGAUUUUGCAUCGUCCCUGGCAGACCAAAUGCAAAACUAAAGACUUGAUCAGCUCAGAGAGCAGCCUGAGUGAUGUUUAGGCCGUGGGUCGCCCUUUUAUUGAACAUAAAGCGACGCAUCUCCUCGUCGAGCCCGAGGAUGAUGAUGCUUGGUCUGUUGGCAUGCUUAAGAUAAAUGUUUUGUUUUCUUUUUCUGGUCUGAUUUACACCUUGAAAUACUCUUUAAAAACUAUUUUGGGACAAUCUUUAUGUGAGGACUGGCACUCCUGCCGUCCUUUUUGGUACUGUACCCGUGUGUCGCUCUUGUGUCGUUGUGGUUUUGUGUUCCACACCCUGGUGUAUCAGUGUUCAGGCGUCAAGUGUAUACUGUUACAAAACCUUAAUGAAACUGAGACUUAAGGUUGAUUUACUUAUAGCCGGCUACUAUAAUUUAACUUGUUUGUGUGAACUACUUACCUGUCACUGGCCCUUCGAUAUCCCUAGUUUUUAUAAUAUAUAUUAUGCACUACUUUUCUAUAUCCCACUCGUUUUUCUUCUUCUUCACCCCCUAAGUGAUUUCAGUAAUGUGGAUUCUCAGAAACUUCCACCUAUUUAUAAUUCUACAGAUGCUUUAUAAAGUUUUAUUUUUUCAUGAUUACUUGUGUAGGAUGUAGCGUGAAGCAGUGGUCUUAAGUUAUCUGUGUUCUGUAAGAGUAGAGCAGGAAUACAAUAUUUUCUAAUAUAUUCUAAUGUAGUCUGGAUGUUGAGGACUGGGAGUCAGCACCGUGUUAAACAACUGACUUUACAAUAACCAGAUGUGAGUUAGCGAAGGCUCCCGUCGUCCCAGUGGCUUUAGUUCUCAUGGUGUCAGAUGAUAACAUGUUUGAAUAUCGUCACCUGUAACACUUGACUCGUGCUGUUUUGUGAGGUUCUAUUUUCUAUGUUGAACACUGUUACUUUGUUCUGUACGUGUCUUUGUUUUUGUAAAAAUCAUAUUUAUUUCACUAUUUUUGUAGACAAAAAAAAAACUACUUGAUUUUGAUUGUAUUUUUCUAUUUAAAUAUUAUACGAUUUAUUUCCCCCCCCCCGCCCUUGUGCUAAUUAUGUCAGAAACCCAAGUUCCGUUCAAAGACAAAGAAUCACGUCAUUAGUAGCAACAUCAGAGUUUUUGAUAUACAGUCGAACUGAUUCUUAUUUUCAUACACAUUACACAUUUAAUUUGAAGGAAGGAAACAUGAAGGUUUUAUUAUUUUCUUGGAAGACACUUGAGAUUCUCCCCUGUUGCAUCGAGGCCUCGACUGCCUGUCCUCGUAGAUGCUCUGAAACUUGAAUAUAACACAUUUUGAAAGGCUGACUAACCUCGAAUCUGUGUUGUGAUGUGCAAUACUGUUUCUAAUGUUUGUAUAAAAGUAAGAAUUACAGUGUAAACCUUUUUAAUGCAGAUUUAUUUUUUUCAUUGCAUAUUUUGCAGAUUUCUGAUCCACAGUGUCAUUUUUUACUGUCAGAAAAUAAACCCCGUUUUUUCAUUGCAACUAUUUUUAAAUCCAGAUAUCUUUGUACUGAUGUAAAUGAUUGUAGUUAUUUUGGAUAGUGUUUUGCUAACAAAAGGAAAGACUUUUUCAUGCAUAUUUCUAUUUCUUUUCAUCUUGUUUUAUCCCACAUUUUUAUUUCAUUUAUUAGUAGCAGAAUUCUUGGAAUAAUUUUUCAGUUUAAAUGUCAUUGGUAUUAUUUUGUAUUUUUAUGUGGAAAUACACUAUAUGUAAUUUUAAGAUGCUAACUGCUAAUAUAUUAUUUUGAGUUUAAUUAUUUUUAAAGCUAAAUAUUUGUAAUUUUAUUGUUAAAUUGACUAAUUUCUAAAUCAGAGUUUGUGUAUAAAUUCACAAAAGUGGUUUAUGGGGUGUUUGGAUUGUAAUUAUUAUUAAUGAAUGGUUCUUUGAUAUGCAAAAUGAAUAUCAUGUUUAUUUUUAUUUUUGUUGGUUUUGUAUUUAAAUGGGGUGUUGAUUUCAAUCUUUUUUUCUUUCACUUCCUGAAUAAAGACCCAUUUUGUUUGGACACAA